CAGAGCGCCCCGCGGCGCCCCUCAGCAGCUCGCCGCCGCCGCGUCCCGGUUUCCUGUUUCCUCCGGUGCCCGAGUCCGCAGUAGAUUAAACAGCGCCAAGGACCGGUGAGGGCUAAGAAAGAAGCCCAAGGCGUGAGGUGCGGCGAGGGGCGGCAGCGGCGCUUCCAGCGGCAGGGUGAGAGGUCGGGCGUCAUGUGACGCCAAGAUGGCUGCUGGGCCGCGGCGGCCGUGAGGGGAGCGGCGGCGGAGCGGGGUCCGGUGGGGCAGCGGCGCCGGCGGCCCCAGCUCAUAGCGGAGGAGUGAGGCCGUGAGAGAAGGGGUCGCGGCGGAGGCCGGAGCUGUGGCGGGGCUUCCCGAAAGGCUCGGCGGCGGUGAAGGCGGGGGGGGACCGGGAGGGGCCUUGGUGCUCCAUGUCGGUCCCCUCCUGCGGGAAAUAUGAUCAGCGCCCCUGACGUGGUGGCCUUCACCAGAGAGGAGGAGCUGGAGGAUGAGCUGUACAGCGAGCCGCCCCUACCUGAGGAGUACUCGGUGCCGCUCUUCCCCUUCGCCAGCCACGGGGCUAACCCCUGGGCCAAGGUCGCCAACUCCAAGUUCACCCGGGACUUCAUCCUCAUCUCUGAGUUCUCGGAGCAAGUAGGGCCUCAGCCCCUCCUGACCAUCCCCGAUGACGCCAAAGUGUCAGGCACUUUUGAUCUUAAUUAUUUCUCUCUUCGGAUCAUGUCUGUGGAUUACCAGGCUUCCUUCGUGGGGCACCCUCCUGGCUCUGCUUACCCGAAGCUGAACUUUGUGGAGGAUUCCAAAGUGGUACUGGGGGAUUCAAAGGAAGGGGCUUUUGCCUAUGUCCACCACUUGACUCUGUACGACCUCGAAGCCAGGGGGUUUGUGAGGCCCUUCUGUAUGGCCUACAUUUCUGCUGAUGAGCACAAAAUCAUGCAGCAGUUUCAAGAACUCUCCACAGAGUUCUCCAAAGCCUCCGAAUGCCUAAAGACAGGGAACCGGAAAGCUUUUGCGAGUGAACUGGAAAAGAAACUGAAAGACCUUGACUACACCAGGACUGUCCUGCACAAUGAAACCGAGAUACAGAAGAAAUCCAAUGACAAAGGGUAUUACACAACCCAAGCCAUUGAAAAGGCCAACGAGCUGGCCAGUGUGGAAAAAUCCAUCAUUGAACACCAAGACCUGCUGAAGCAAAUCAGGUCAUAUCCUUACAGGAAGGCGAAGGAGUCCAACUUCCACCCCUAUGAGCCAGAGUGCACGCUGGAUCAGGUUGAUGGGGGCUGUGAUCCGGACUUGACUACCUCUGACCUCUCUGAGCCUGGUGAGACGCAGCUUUACACUCACGUGCCAUCCUACACUCCCAAGCUCAUCAAAGCCAAGUCUGCCAAAUGCUUUGACAAGAAGCUGAAGACCCUAGAGGAACUCUGUGAUAUUUAUUUCUUCACCCAAACCCUUGACCAGUUGCACCAGAUUGAGAGGACUUUCAGAGGUGAUGUGUGCUACCUCCUGACAGAGCAGAUUAGCAGGGCCCUCUUAAAGCAGCAAAGUGUAACUAACUUUCUAUUUGAGGAUGUAUCUUUUCUGGAUGAAAAACCACCUGAAAAACAGCACAGAGGCUGCCAGGGCCUGAGCCAAGAUGCCACUGAUAAAAAGUGUUUAGAGGAGUCCCCUACUCCCAAAGUGGUCAUCAACCUGGGAUCCUACAAAUCCAGUGUGGAGAGUGUGCCCAUCAAGAUGGAUCAGGAAAUUGAGGACUCCCAGGAACCCAAAUUGCCUGACUCCAUUGCGUUUGAACACCAGGAGAACCUGGACUAUCUUGAUGCAGAUCUUAAAGGCAGCAUCAGCAGCGGUGAGAGCAUUGAGGUUCUUGGAACAGAGAAGUCUGCAUCUGGCCUGACAAAAUCAGAGAGCCAGGCCAGCCUGCCCAUCAGCUCCAGUCCCCAGGCAGGCAGGAGCAAGGUGGGCAGCCGGAGGACUGUCAGUGAGGACAGUAUCGAGGUCCUCAGCACCUGUCCCUCCGAGUCGCUCAUCCCGGAAGAUUUCAAAGCGAGCUACCCAAGUGCCAUUAAUGAGGAACCUUAUGUGGAUGAUGAAGAGGGAGGCCUUCGUUUCACCCCCAAACUAAACCCAGAUGACGCUGACGAGCAAGACGACAUUUCAAAACAGGAAAACUUGGUGCAGGUUGAUUCUGCCUGUUGUAUUGGGAAGGAGAGUCCCAACUUUCUUGAGCCUCUGCCUGAGCUGGGACAGAAACCCUGCGAUGAGGAUGGGGUGGUCAGGAUUCCCCCCCAGCCGUACCGUCAAGUUGAGCAGGGGCUGCGUGGGAGCUUUGGGGGCUUCCCCUCCCACGAUGGCAUCUCAGGGGGGCUUCUUCCCUACGAGCUUGACUCACGCUACCUGACGGGCAGCAGGGAGGUCAGUAAGAGCAGCCUGGAUGAGUGCUCAGACUCCACGAGCUAUAUCAGCAGUGCGGCCUCCACGUGCUCCGACAGGACCCCAUCUCCUGCUCACCACUGUCAGGCGAGUGAAAGGCACAAAAAGAAGGCUGGGCAGAACGCACUGCGCUUCAUCCGGCAGUACCCCUUCGCCCACCCUGCCAUCUACUCCCUGCUCAGCGGCAGGACGCUGAUCGUGCUGGGAGAAGAGGAAGCGAUGGUCAAGAGGCUUGUGACAGCGCUUUCCAUCUUCGUGCCCAACUGCAGCCUCUAUGCCAAGCCCGUGAAGCACUGGGUCACUUCCCCUCUGCACGUUGUGGAUUUCCAGAAGUGGAAGCUGAUUGGACUCCAGAGGACGGUGUCUCCUGGUGGUGUGAAUGUGCUGCACGCUCUGAGCCGCUACAGCCGCUACGUCAGCAUUCUGGACGCCGACAGCAAGACUCUGCGCUGCCCCCUCUACAAAGGCACCUUGGUGUCCCGGCUGGCAGACCACCGCACCCAGAUCAAGCGAGGCAGCACCUACUAUAUGCACGUCCAAAGUAUCCUCACCCAGCUGUGUUCAAAAGCCUUCCUCUUCACCUUCUGCCAUCAUUUGCACCUUCCUAUCAGUGAAAGGGAACCAGAGGAAUCUGUCGUCAGCCGCAGGAUGAACUUUCUGAAGCUUCAGCUGGGCCUCGCCAAUGAAGACAUCAAAAUUGUGCAGUAUUUAGCAGAGCUGCUGAAGCUGCAGUACAUUCAGGAAUCCGGCCAGGGGGUGAACCCCUUGCUCAGAUUUGACUAUGUCCCCAGCUUUUUGUACAAAAUCUAGCCUGGUGUGGGCCAGCUGCUGCCUGCUCAGAGUCUGAUGAAGCUCAUCCGUGCUUGACAUAGACGCUGUCCACAGAAUGUCAUCGGGGAAGGGGUGAGGAAGCAAAUGUGUUUGUGUCUCUGCUCUGCAGAAAUCCUGGUCUGAGGGACGGGAUUUCUGUUGCCUGCAGCUGAGAACAUUGAUGUUCCAUCACAUAAACCACCGGGCACUCUGUUUUUAAAUAGCAGAAAGAGCACUGCAGACAUUUAAAGCAUUCUUGUGGCAGCAUCCCAGGGGUAUUGUGGUGUGGAGAGAGAAGUGGGCUGUCUUGGGGAUCAAUACUUAUUAGUGUACAGCCCCUAAAAUGCAACACAGUGCUCCAUGUGCUUCUGCCAGAGCUCUAAAUGCUGUUGGUCACUUCUGUGGAGCCAAGAUGAAGAGAAGAGGUGAGACAUAAAGGCCAUGUGAAGUUUAAUCCACCAGUGUCUCAUACGAGUGUAGCUCAGAAGCUCAGUGGCAGGUUGUGGAUACUUGUCUGUGCACAGUGGAGGUGGGUGGUGUGUCCCUUUCUGUGUCCUUCCAAGCUUCCUGGUGCUUUCCAGGAGAGGUGAGAGUGCAGUGGAGGCACACAUGCUUCUCUCCAGAUAUUGUUUGCCCGUUUCUCUCAGCUUUGUUAAGAUCUGGAAUGUUGGAAGGACUCCACAGUGCUGGUGAGCACCGUGGUGCCUGCUGCUGUGAAUGCAGAGCACUGUGCCUUGUGAAUUUGUCAGGUCCCGUUUGCUGGGUGACCUCUGAGAAGGCUGGGAGGGAGACAGGGAAUCCUCAAAGCACGUGAGGCUGAGAGUGGCCUCAUAAGGAGAGAAGGGAACUGAAGAGAGUCUAGUGCAGGCCUCGUUUUUAGGCAUUUUUUUUUGUGAUGAUGAACAGUGCAAUUUAGCUGAAGCUGUGCUGUGAGAUGGCAGGUUGGAGAGCAGUGAGGUACUAGAGCUCAGAGAUGAAUGUACUGGAUUCCACAUUGUGUCCCUAAGAAUUUCUUUUUAUUUUUCUCUCUCUUUUAUAUUUUUUUUCCCCUGAGGAGUUGACUUUUGUGCUUUGCCCUAAAGCAGGGUCAGCAUCACUGCAUACUGCUUCUGGCCAAGCCUUUGUUGUGUCUUGACUACCUCUCCUGGGGUGCUCUAGGGCAGAACUGCUGCUCUCUGAGCCAGGAUGCUGAGGACUGUCCUUUCAAAGCUUCUGCACUGCUGCCUGUGCCAUAAAGGUUGUGCCUCCAGUGUGGUGACACUUCCAGAUUGUUCCUGACAGUGCCAAAAGCUUUGUGCCCAGGCAGAGUGUUUCCUUUUAGAGUCUUGAUGAUGUUGCUCUUCAUCCACCAGUCUUAGGCUCAGUCUGCUCUGCUCUAAGCCUUGCUAGGAAUAAAGUCUUUCGUUUAGUUCCUCUUUAUCACUCUUCUGGUUAUGGGAUGAGAGCAGCUGGCACAAAACAAGCUGCUGCAUUAUCUGGGUUUUAUUUUAAACCUCUGUCUGUUGUGCUGACAUGAAGCAUCCCUGAGGUGGGUGUAAUGUUCCUUCUGUGCCCAUGGAGGUUUCUGUAUAGGGACUGGGGUUCAUCAGCAUGGUUUAGACCCCACUAAAACUUGAUUUUAGAGCCACUCAGCUCAAACUCGUGUCCCAGAAGCAAGGAGGAACUGUGGGGAGGUCUGGCACCAGUAUCUGCACUUCGGUACUGAUGCCACCUCCUCAUCCCAAGAAAGGGCUCCCUGGGGUAGUGUGGGAGGUAGAAACCAACAGGGUGGGAAGGCUCUUUUAAAUGUGAGUGUUUUGAACUCAUGGGACUUCUAAGAAGUUUCCAGAGGGGUUUCCAACAAGGGUUGCUUGUGAUGGCAUUUUUAGGUCACAGCUGGGAAGUAGCGUGGUGUGGCCUUUGCUGAAGGUGAGCUGUGUGCCUGUGUAGGGCUGCACACCCUGAAAGCACGUCCAAAGGCCUUUUCCUUUCCUACCUGUGCCCUCUGGUUGCAUGUGAACUGGGUCUGCUGGUGAAAGACAUCCAUAUCCAUCAAAAGUUUGCCUUGCCAAGUAACUUGAGGUGUCCCCUUGUCAAUUCAUGCGUCUCCUUGUCAAGUUGUGUGUUCCUGAACAGCUUCCAUGCUACAGCUGAGGUGAGGUUCCCUGAGGGAAGAGGCAUCUCAGUAAAGGAGCCAUGAGGUGACACUGAGCAGCCCCACAGCUCUGAAGCUUGUUUCCUGCUGGAAUAUGGCAUGGUGUUGCUUGGGUUUGAGGAGGGAGGAACUUUUUCCUGCUGACUCACUCAUGUCUUCCUGCAGGCUGCCAGCACCGAGUGAGAUAGAUAGUUAGUGCUGGGUGAUCUCUUAGUCAUGGUGGGCCCCAGCUGCACUCAGAAACUGAUACGUAACUCAGUUCUUGCUCUGCAUAUCAAACCUGUAGUAUCUGAUAUUCAAGGCUGUGUUGAGCAAUACUUGCACUAUCACCUGUCUGAUCUGCUUCAUCAUUCCACCACAAAACGGCUCUGAUUUGGGGGGAUGUCCUGGGGGCUUUGCUGGGACAAAGAAAGAUAGCUCCGUGCUGCUCUAUGCAGCUUGGCUCUUGAGCUGGAGCUGUGAGGAAACGUGCCUGGAGUGCUCAUCCUCCUAAAGCUGGCUCAGGGCAGGUAACAUCUGAGCUCAGAGGAGUCAUAGGAGGAGUUACUUUGGGCCGCGGUCCCUCAGUGCAGUCAGAGCCCAACUUGCCCUCGCUGCUCAUAGUGCCCAAAAUGGCAGCAGAAAUCAGGGGGAAGGCUGAAUGCAGUUGGCAUUUUGGGGGCUGAAUUCCUCUUUGCUCAGUCAUUUCUCUGUCUGACCUUCUGCUCCUGUACAGCCACGAUCUCUGUAUCAGCACUUUAAGACUUUUCCUCAUCUUCACUGUGUUACCUCACUAGUAUCUGAUCUUAGCAGGCUUACAAGUUAAGUCUUCACACUAUCAGCUCCCACAAUGGAUCUUGGCACCUGUGUUUGUCAGCUUGUCCCUCCCCAUACUAUCCAGCUGUCCUUCCAACUUAAGCAGGGUCGGUUCCUCAUGCCCUAGCGCCUUACCAGCCCUCCCACACUGACCCUCCAGCACCUACGGUGCUGUGCAUGGCCCUCGCCUGCUUCUGUGAGUGCUGCCAGCAUGCCCCUGCCUCCUACACUGCCAGUGCUGCUCACCUCCUCUCUCUGCUGGCUCUCAGGGAGGAGGUUUUAAGCCUGAAUUCUUGCUCAUCACAGCAAGUCUCUCCUGGCUGGGAGAGCAGAGCUACUUUUGCUUACUCCUCUGCUUCCCUGUGCUGGGAGACUCUGGCUGCCAGCCCCUGCUCUGCUCUGUGCUCAAAGAUCCCACUCUGAGGAGGGUCAGCCAUAGGAGUAGGUGCCAUUAACCCUACAGAGGUUUAAUUUCUCAGAGGACAGUACUCAGAUAUUUACUUUAAUCCACUAGCAAUCACUUCUGAGCAACUGUAAAGCUGCACUGCCUUGACUAGGGAAGUGCUGCCUAUAUUCUAGCAAUAUUCACUGUUCUGUAAGGGGUGGGAGAGCUGCAGGCUGAAGGCUUCAUGCCCCCAGGGCCAAGUUCUUUGUUUUUUAUUGAGUAGAGGUGGCUUUGAGCCUCUGACUUGGUGGUGGGUGACAUCCCAUGCUGUGGAUUUAGCAUGUAGGAGAGCUGGGCAAGACCUGGGGCUUGGAGCAGUGCUUUGAAAAGGCUCCUGUCAUAAGGUGAUGAGGAACUAGGUAAGAUUCCUGGGCUGAAGAAGAGUCCCUGCUCCACACAGUGCCCAGCAGCACCACAGACCCCUGCACUGGUAUCAGAGGGGUCAAAAAGCCAGCCCACAUCACUCCCCGCGAGGCAUUUUAACUGGAAGGCAGGCAUACAGGGUGUAAACUCAGUCCAGCACGGGCCUGAGGCCUGGCUGUAGGGAGGCCGUGAGGAAUCCUCAUCUCAUUUUAAAGCACUGUAUCCUAUCCCUGCAUGUCGAGUUCCGUGUGCGUGUGCCCGUGCGUGCCGAAUGCUCGCGUCCGUAGCUAGGGCGAGUGUGUGACCGAGGAGAAAUCCAAGAAGCAUGUCUUAAGUGUCGUGCUGUAAGUGUUUACUGCACAAGAGUUUAACUGAUGUUAACACCAAAAUGACUUAGUCUGAAAAAUGUCCUUUUAAAGAAAACAAAAAGGCAAAAAAAAAAAGUAUUUAUUUGGGUUAUAUUUUGGAAAUACAAAAAAAAAAAAAAAAGGCCAAUUUUUUUUUUUUCUUUUUGGUUGUAUUUUUUAAAGCUUCUAAUUCUUGUCAGAUGUUGUGGUUAAAUUCUUUAAUUUUAUCAUGCUUAUUAAAAAAUGGUUCUACUUAAA